AAAAGUACCAUUUUUAUUUUUAUUUUUGAAGAGUAGGCUUCAUGCGAUGAGAGUAGACUCUUCGGAGUCUUGUUGAAUUGGAACACGACAUCAAACACAUGAGAUCUUGGCCCAGGGUGUCUCCGGGUAUUGGCAGGUUGACAUGGCCAGGCGAGUUAGCCAUCAGCUCAUGACUAGCCCCAAUCAGAAUUUCAGUGUGGAAUGAACCCCAUUUUAGAUUCUACUGCGUCUCACAUGUCUUCAACCGCCAAGUCUUUCCGUUCCCACAUGGCUUUGCCUGGCCGAAGAUGGUAAUGGGUUUAUCAGUUAUCUCCGUCAAUUUAUUAUUAGCCCACAACCACAUGACCUAUUUUGUUGCUGUUAAAUUCUUCCAGAAUUAUCAUCUUUCUUUUUAUUAUCCAGAAUUACGGUCCUCAGAUACAGUAAUUUUCAAUUUCCUUUUCAUCCAGUGGAGAAUUAAUAUGGGGGAGGUAGUAAAAUCUUUCAUUGCCCGGAAAUCAGGAAAUGCAGAAUGCCUACUACUGCUAGGAUUCUUACUCCCUUUUCUCUUCGACUUAUAAAGACUGGAUCUUUCUCCUAUUUGACACAUUCUCCUCUGUUAGCGACUGAUCACAUCCGCUUGGCUUCCCGGAAGUCAAAGAGACCGGAAGUGAGGUCGCAAGCGGUGUCCUCAACCAUGUUCUCGUCUAAUCUGGUCGCCGGAGAUCUAAUCGCCUUUGUGAUGUCCGGCGGCGUCGCCUUCUCCUGUCUCCGGUUCUGGGAGGAGAUUGCUAAAAGAGGAAUUUUUGAACAGAAUCUAAACAGAAAGUUUGUUCAUAUUACCAUGGGUCAUGUUUUCAUGCUUUGCUGGCCAAUGUUCAGUCCUGGUCAUCAAGGGGCACUCUUAGCAGCUCUUAUUCCCGGAAUCAACAUAGUUAAAGUGCUUUUAUUGGGACUUGGAAUAUUGAAGGAUGAUGCAACUAUCAAGUCUAUGAGCAGAUUUGGAGACUACAGGGAACUUCUGAAGGGGCCUUUAUACUAUGCUCUUACCAUCACUUUGGCUUGUGCUGUCUUCUGGAGGACUUCUCCCGUCGCAAUUGCUUUGAUAUGCAACCUUUGUGCCGGUGAUGGUAUGGCUGACAUUGUAGGCAGGAGGAUCAAAAGUCGCAAGCUUCCCUACAACAGAAACAAAUCCAUUGCUGGCAGCAUUGCAAUGGCAGCUUCUGGUUUCCUAUCAUCCAUUGGAUAUAUGCAAUACUUCUCUUCGUUCGGGUAUCUUCAGAAGACGUCCCACAUGGUGAUCGGUUUCUUGAUCGUCUCUAUUGCUUCGGCUUUGGUUGAAUCGCACCCUCUAAGCACUGAGCUUGAUGACAACCUUACUGUGCCUCUAACCUCUGUAUUAUUGGGCAGUUUCGUAUUCUGAUGCGGGACACUCCCAAAGCUUUCGGCGGGUACUGUAAACCUUGGUGACCUUCAAGGUUUUAAAGAAAAGGUCUUUGGAAGUAUUUCAUGAAGAUGGCUUUUCGGCAAGUUAUGUGGAAGAAAGACUUCACCUUUUUCCUAUACGGAUUCCUGUAAUUAGUCUGUACCAAAACAAAGAAACCCAAUAUAUCCCACUUGGAAGAUGUUUGGGUAAUUUGUCUACGUUGUACGUAGUACUCCGUAUUUAAUAAAAUCCUCUUCUCCAUUUACGAGAAUGUGGAAACUAUUUUUAUAUUGAUUUGUCACUCUAAAGCUCUGGAUGUCCAACAUGAAAAAAUCAUUUUCAGAUUACAUUCUUAUACUACUGAAAACCAUGG